UGUGUUAUAACUGUUCUGUCUCGUGUCUGGGUCAGAAGGCGGGUCGCUCUUCUUCUUUUCUUUGGAGGGGCCUCAUGUAAGAUUAAUCCGCAUGGUGUGUACCUUUACUGGUGGUUUUCAAGACAGGUGGAUUCCAUUUCUGAAAGAAGCUCCGCUUUAGUUGGUUUGUGUUGUGUUUAUAAAAAUUCAUAGUGACUGCCUCAAAAGUGAAGCUCGGCCUGAGCAGGAUUACCAAUAUUACUAAAUAUAAUUUGAGAAAUUCUACAUCUGGUCAAGUAAAAGGGACAUGCGCUUCUGUUUCCUCAUUUUUGUUGGCCUUUUAUGUCAAGGGCUGACACCGUCUGCUGAAGAAGUGGAGGUAAUAGAAGCUAUCCCUGGUUCCGAAGAAAUGAAAGAUCACAACAAAACCCGCAACGAACCUAGUUUGGGUCACCUAUCUCUGGAAUCACUCAUGGACCUUGCAAAUCCCCCCAAAAAACAUGCAUAUAACGCCGGACCCUCAAGGACUGCCAAUCCACCUCCGCGACCGAAUAACGACCAUUAUAGUCACACACCAUUUGGGAUUCAGAAGAACAACAAAAGAUUUGACAACAAAAAUUCCUAUAAUGGUCCACCUCCUCCACCACCUAAUCAGGCAAUGGACAAAUAUGACACUAGUGAAGGGGAGAUUUGGCCAGCUCCUGCACCAGAUAUGCCUAAAAUAAUAUCUUUGGACGUGAAGUGCGAAAAAAAUCUGAUGAAAGUGUAUAUUGGAUUUGACAAACCAUUCUAUGGCAUAGUAUUCAGUAAAGGUCAUUAUAGUAAUGUACAUUGUGUACAUCUUCCUGUAGGCCUUGGAAGAACUUCGGCACAUUUCGAAAUAGGUAUCCAUGCGUGUGGAACAGCAGGUAAUACAGAAAACGGACUCUAUGGGUACGGUGCGGAAUCAGGUUCAGGUACAUAUUUCGAAAACGUUAUCGUUAUCCAGUAUGAUCCGCAAGUACAAGAAGUAUGGGACCAAGCUAGAAAAUUGCGUUGUACUUGGCACGAUCAAUACGAAAAAUCCGUGACAUUCAGACCCUUCCCAGUGGAUAUGUUGGAUGUUGUACGAACCGACUUUGCUGGUGAUAAUGUUGGUUGUUGGAUGCAAAUACAAGUCGGAAAAGGUCCUUGGGCUUCUGAGGUGUCCGGACUUGUCAAAAUCGGCCAAACUAUGACAAUGGUUCUAGCGAUCAAAGAUGACGAUUCCAAAUUCGAUAUGCUGGUCAGGAACUGUAUGGCUCAUGACGGCAAACGUGCACCCAUACAGCUGGUCGACCAGCAAGGCUGUCUAACGCGACCAAAGCUCAUGUCGAGAUUCACGAAAAUAAAAAACUUUGGGGCGAGUGCCUCAGUCUUAUCAUACGCACACUUCCAAGCCUUCAAAUUCCCUGAUUCAAUGGAGGUUCACUUUCAGUGCACCAUCCAGAUUUGCAGAUACCAAUGCCCUGAUCAGUGUUCUGAUUCCUCAGAACAUAUCAUCAACAGUGAUUUCAUCGAGUUGUCGCACGGUCCUCCCAACUCGAAUUAUGGAAUUCCUCCACCACCACAUCACCCUCAUCUCGUUGAAACAUACAUUCGACCAAGGGAAGACAGAAGGAGUAGGAGAGCUGUUAAAUCCGACCCAGAGAAAGAAGUGGGAGUCAACAGGGUGAUUAGGGUUGUUUCUACAGGAGACCUUACAUUUUCUUUAGAUGAAAAUACCAAUAGUGCCACACCACCCACGAUGGUUUUUCCGACCAGGGCCGAAGUUAAUAAUGCUGGAUUGAUCUGUAUGACGAAUUCUGGAUUUGCUACCACAUUAGUAGUGCUGCUGGUUAUUCUCAUGUUGUCUUGUUUGAUGUCGGUCUUUUUGUGCGCAAAAUUGAGACCUCUUACCCAAAAUAAGUUAGCAAGCGUAACAGGAACUAAUCCUAGGAAGAGAAAAUCGAUACAGACAGCCAGUUGCUUUUACUCUUGAAUGAUACGCACGAUGUUUGUCAUUCUAGGCAACUGUAUAGAAAUUAAUUACGCCAUAUGAAAUUGUUGGGAUUUUUUGAUAUAUUAUCAAUUUUGAUGACCUAACCUGAAUAUAUUUCUGUGUGAAUGAUUGUCUGUCAGAAUUUUAAUAUUCAGGUUGAAAUUGUGAUAGGUUACCUGAAAAACUGUUUCAGAGAAUUCAGAGGUAUUCAAGAAAAAUGUAUAUACAAGUUUUACCUUAAAUCUCUCUGAUUCCUAGUUUGGUUAUGGUUUUGGUUAUUUUAUAGUUAUUUAUUUUAUUUAUUUGCUAGUGUAUGAGUUUCAAUCACUUUUUUCCAUUAUUAAUACCAUAUGUACCUGUAAAUCACUCUAUACGAGUGAGACUUUCAUUUCACUCUCCUAUCGCAUAUCCAAUAUAUUUCCAUACAUUUUCGUCGUUAUUUGUCCCCUAUGUAACUUUCAUUGGCUAUAUUUUUUUCUGUUUCCCGAUUUUUUGCUUACUUACUUACUUUCCGGCUUCGCACAAGUAGCUUCUUCAUAUUUUGAUCGAUUCAGACAAAACAUUAUUGAAAUAUAUACAUAGACAAACUUCUCUCUCGAAUCAUUUCGUUCAUUUGUCAACACCAUAUCAAAAUUCAUUACUUAGUUUAUGAGUUUAUGACGUUGAGUAUAUUUUGUUUGGGGUGAGAAAAAUACUUUGUGGACAUAUCAAAGAUUGAACAUUUUCAACUUUUUUCUCUUGAAAAUCAAAUAUCUAGAGAUAUGAUCUGUUUGUAUUGCGUUAUUUUUAAUAAAUGGUAUAAAUCUUCA